CGAAAGGGGUUUCGGGGGAUGGAUAAGAGAUCAUUAAUCUAAAAGUUUCUGAAUAUUAGCUAUUAUUUUGAUUUUAGUCAGGUUUUAUAAUUAGAAUGUGUCCAGAAGCGUCUCUCUACUUAUGGAUACUGCAAACAUUUUACGGUCGAUUUAUUUUGUAAAGAAUUUUUCAGUCAAUAUUAUAAAAAUGGAAAAAGGGGAAGGAAAAUGUACUGGCGCGUUGUGUGUUCGACUAAAAGGGCGAGAGAAAUGGAAAAGAGAGAAAAGAAAGAAAUAGAAUGAGGGUGAAAGAAUGAGAGUGAGAGAAAGCUAAUUGAUAAACUGAGCUAGAUGGCGCAAAAAGACUCAACAUAUUCGUAUAAAUCUUAUUCUAUAAAUGACUCCCGGAUAAUGCUGAACGGAUCGAAUACUACUAAAGAAGCGGAAAAUUAUGAGGAAGUGAAGAAAGCACUCAACUCAAUUGUCACUCCAAGUUUGGCUGCUUUCGGAACGAUUGGCAAUCUAAUAAACGCUUUCGUACUAGGACGCCUUAGGCUACGUCGAAGGGAUGAAAGUGGAACAACGUCCGGUUUCCUGUUUUUGGCUCUAUCUGACCUCCUCAUAUGCUCGGCCCUAUUACCAAAGGCUUUCGUUUCUCCUUCAAUGGCAAAUUGGGGCGGAAGAUGUUUCUCACUUUACUAUUGGACAUAUAGUGGAGCAGUUAUCAAUUCGGGUAUAUUACUUAGUAUUUGGCUAACAACCAGCAUGACUUUACUCAGAUACGUUGCAAUUUGUCAUCCAAUGCUCUCAUGGCCGAGGAAAAGUUGGCACGCUUACAUUUGUUAUUCCAUAGCAGCAUCUAUAGCCGUCUCUCUAUCAUUUCCGUCAUUUUGGCAGCUCAGCUUCAACGACGUUCAUUUGAAUGGAAGGAGUACAAUAAUACUUGAUGUUGGUCCGGAUUGGGCAAGAACCACAUCGUACGUUUACGCCCAGUUGGUUAUAGGAGCUACUAUACCUUUUAUAAUUUUAGUUUAUUGUAACGCUUCUCUUAUUUCCGCGCUUCGCCGUUCAUUAAAACUUAGAACAAUGGCAAUGGUCUCGCAGAGUUCAUCAGUGGCAGCGUCGUCAAGAAUCACUCUAGUAUUAAUUGUAUUUAUAAUGAUGUUUGUUGUGUUGGUUUUACCCUGUGACGCUAUGAAUGUAGUGCUCGAAACGUUUCGUCAACUUGAUACAGGCGUCGUCCUCUUAGCUCGAGCAAUAGCAAACUGCCUCCAGAUAGCUCAUUUUGCAUUCUCCUUCGUACUCCAUUGCUGUUUGAACGCCCGAUUUCGCCACGAAUUAUUGGCGAUUAUUUUCUGUGAGAAGACUGCUUCACUUGGAGUCGGUGCAAGUGUACCUUUAAUUGUCCGAAAGAGGAACAACAACAAUCCGGUCACGUUGGCCAACGAGACUUUGAUGUGAUUCACACGAAUGUAUAUAUAAACAUCAAACGGAAGGAAAGCUGCAGCGUUGUUUGCUGACAUAAUUUCGCUUCGUCGCCGUAUUUAUUAUACUAUUUUAAAACUCCGGAGAAAGAAUGGAUUGACAAUAAAUACGAAAAGUAUGAAGAUAUUAUCUAUUUUAUUAUGACGCAUCUCUCUCUAUAUUCAUUUGAGCAAUUGCACAGAUAGGGAAAUAAAUGUGCAUGUAUAGAUAUUUCAUACCAUAAUAUACAUUCCAUAUAUAUAUAUAUAUAUAUUUG